CGCCGCCGCCACCACCCGCCGUCCUUCGCCAGCUGCCGCCGCCGCAGCCGCAAGACCUGCCCUGUCUCAGCCUCCGCAACUGCGCGGCGUCCACGGCGCCCCACGGCGAGGGCGAGCCAGGGACCCCACCUGCGCUCUCCCUAGUGUGCCCCGCGCCCCGCAUGUGACCCGGCCAGGCCCCAACGAGUGCAUCCCCAGCAGCGCCAGCACGGGGCUGCGCCCACCCGCCCUGCCACCCCGCUCUCCCGCCGGCUUGUCCGGGAUGGCCGCGGCCAAGGCCGAGAUGCAGCUGAUGUCUCCGCUGCAGAUCUCGGACCCGUUCGGCUCUUUUCCUCACUCGCCCACCAUGGACAACUACCCUAAACUGGAGGAGAUGAUGCUGCUGAACAACGGGGCUCCCCAGUUUCUCGGUGCCGCCGGAGCCCCAGAAGGCAGCGGCGGUAGCAGCAGCAACAGCGGGGGCGGUGCAGGUGGAGGGGGCAGCAGCAGCGGCAGCGCCUUCAACCCUCCGGGGGAGCCGGGCGAGCAAUCCUACGAGCACCUGACCGCAGAGUCUUUUCCGGACAUCUCUUUGAAUAACGAGAAGGUGAUGGUGGAAACAAGUUACCCCAGCCAAACCACGCGGCUACCCCCCAUCACCUACACCGGCCGCUUCUCUCUGGAGCCUGCACCCAGCAGUGGCAACACCUUGUGGCCUGAGCCCCUCUUCAGCCUAGUCAGUGGCCUGGUGAGCAUGAGCAACCCACCAGCCUCCUCAUCCUCAGCACCGUCUCCAGCGGCCUCUUCCUCGUCCUCGGCUUCCCAGAGCCCACCCCUGAGCUGUGCAGUGCCGUCAAACGACAGCAGUCCCAUUUACUCCGCCGCGCCCACCUUCCCCACACCCAAUACUGACAUCUUCCCUGAGCCACAGGGCCAGGCCUUCCCAGGCUCUGCCGGCACCGCGCUCCAGUACCCACCUCCGGCCUAUCCUGCUGCUGCCAAAGGUGGCUUCCAAGUUCCCAUGAUCCCCGAUUACCUGUUUCCACAGCAACAGGGAGAUUUGGGCUUGGGCACCCCCGACCAGAAGCCCUUCCAGGGCCUGGAGAGCCGUACCCAGCAACCUUCGCUCACACCGCUCUCUACGAUUAAGGCCUUUGCCACCCAGUCGGGCUCCCAGGACUUAAAGGCUCUCAAUACCACUUACCAGUCGCAGCUCAUCAAACCCAGCCGCAUGCGCAAGUACCCCAACCGGCCCAGCAAGACGCCCCCCCACGAACGCCCCUACGCCUGUCCAGUGGAGUCUUGCGAUCGCCGAUUCUCUCGCUCGGACGAACUUACUCGGCACAUCCGCAUCCACACAGGCCAGAAGCCCUUCCAGUGUCGCAUCUGCAUGCGCAACUUCAGCCGCAGUGACCACCUUACCACGCACAUCCGCACCCACACAGGCGAGAAGCCGUUUGCCUGUGACAUCUGUGGGAGAAAAUUUGCCAGGAGCGAUGAACGCAAGAGGCACACCAAGAUCCACUUGCGACAGAAGGACAAGAAAGCAGAGAAAAGUGUUAUGGCCCCAUCGGCCACCUCCUCCCUCUCUUCCUACUCAUCUCCGGUGGCUACGUCUUACCCGUCCCCCGUCACUACGUCUUACCCAUCCCCAGCUACCACCUCGUACCCAUCUCCUGUGCCCACCUCCUACUCCUCCCCCGGCUCUUCCACCUACCCGUCGCCGGUGCACAGCGGCUUCCCUUCGCCCUCGGUGGCCACCACCUAUGCCUCCCUGCCCCCCGCUUUCCCUUCCCAGGUCAGCAGCUUCCCUUCCUCGGCUGUUACCAACUCCUUCAGCUCCUCCACGGGGCUUUCGGACAUGGCAGCAACCUUUUCUCCCAGGACAAUUGAAAUUUGCUAACCGGGAAAGGGAAAGAAAGGAAAUAGGGAAAAAAAGAAACACAAGACACACAUGGACAGGAGGAUGAGCUGGCCAUAGGAGGAGGCCCUCCUAGGUUGGAUGGAGGUCCUCAGCCGCAUCCUCCGCUCUGCCUAGAGUGGAAGGUCUGCUGGCCAACAACCCUUUCUGCCCACUGCCCUGCCGGGUUCCCGUUCCCUUUGACUUCAGCUGCCUGAAACAGCCAUGUCCAAGUUCUCCACCUCUACACAAAGAACUUGAUUUGCAUGGAUAUUGGAUAAAUCAUUUCAGUAUCAUCUUCAUUGUAUGCCUGACCCCCUGCUCCCUUCAGUGCUAGAAAAUUGAGUUGGCAAAAUGGGGUUUGGGCCCCUCCAAGCCCUGCCCUGCACCCUUGUACAGUGUCUGUGCCAUGGAUUUUGUUUUUCUGGGGUACUCUUGAUGUGAAGAUAAUUUGCAUAUUCUAUUGUAUUAUUUGGAGUUAGGCCCACACCUUGGGAGGGAAAAAAGAAAAGCCAAGCAAACCAGUGGUGAUCCUCUAUUCUGUGAUGAUGCUGUAACAAUAAGUUUGAAGCUUCUUUUCAAACAGCAGUCCUAGGUAUUAACUUGAGCAUGUGUCAGAGUGUUCCGUUAGCCUUUUUGUAAAUAAUUGCUCGACCGUACUCACAUGUGACAAAAUAUGGUUUGGUUUUUCUUUUUCUCUCUUUUUUCCUAUCCUUUUGGUUUAAAAAGUUUCACGUCUUGGUGCCUUUUGUGUGACACGCCUUGCUGAUGGCUUGACAUGUGCAGUUGUGAGGGACGUGCUCACCUCUAGCCUUAAGGAGGGCAGGGAGUGAUGAUCUAGGGGAGGCUUUGGGAGCAAAAUAAGAAAGAGGGCUGUGCUGAGCCUCGGCUCUCCAGGAUGUUAGAAGACAAAUCUAAAACAAAAUCUGAACUCUCAAAAGUCUAUUUUUUUAACUGAAAAUGUAAAUUUAUACAAAUAUUCAGGAGUUGGAACGUUGUAGUUACCUACUGAGUAGGCGGCAAUUUUGUAUGUUAUGAACAUGCAGUUCAUUAUUUUGUGGUUUUAUUUUACUUUGUACUUGUGUUUGCUUAAACAAAGUGACUGUUUGGCUUAUAAACACAUUGAAUGCGCUUUAUUGCCCAUGGGAUAUGUCGUGUAUAUCCUUCGGAAAAAUUAAACGGAAAAUAAAGUA